AUGGGCCCCUGUACCGCCUCCUCAUGCUGCUGCCAGGCCCGUAAUCUGCCAUGGGCCCCCGUACCGACUCCUCAUGCUGCUGCCAGGACCGUAAUCUGUCAUGGGCCCCUGUACCGCCUCCUCAUGCUGCUGCCAGGUCCAGAGUGUCUCAUGGGUCCCUGUACGGCCUCCCAUUGCUGCUGUCUCCAUCGCCACACUCUGCCAUGUGCCACUUUCAGGUCUCCUCACACUGCUGGUGGGUUCCAUUUUGUCAUAGGGUGCUGUAUGGCCUCCCAUUGCUGCUGCCUCCACCGCCACACUGUGGCUCCACACUCUGGUUUUGGCCCCGUGACUGCCCAAAUGAGUGAAGUGUGCGGUGAUUCUAAGAUCGACGGCACUCAUCUGCAUGUCAUACUGACUGACAGUAUUAUUUCUCUUCCCCAGCAGACUCCAAGGGCAUUUAAAUUAAAGGUACAGUGUUCUGCACUAAUAUAA